AGGCACACAGGGAGACACACCUCUGCCAACUGCAAAUAUGGAAUGAACUAAGAAAAUAAGAUAAAAAGACACAACUGAGUGAAGAAACAGCUGCUCACGAUGGAGCCAAAGGACACACCGAUAACUCCAUGCAGCCUGGGCCCCGGCUCUGGUCUGGAGUUUGGCUCCUUUGUGAAUAGCCUUUCAUCACUUACACCAAAGACAGAGGAAGAGGAGAAACCAGAAAUAUCAAAGAGACGCUCCUACAUAGCUGUGGCUGUGCUUUGCUACGUCAACUUGCUCAACUACAUGGAACGGUACACAUUAGCAGGUGUCCUUUCCAACAUUCAGAAGUUCUUUGAUAUAAGUGACAGCACAGCCGCACUUUUACAAACAGUUUUCAUCUGCAGUUUCUUGCUCUUGGCCCCUCUCUUUGGUUACCUUGGGGACCGCUACAACCGCAAAUACAUCAUGAUUGGUGGUUUGAGUGUGUGGCUUGCGACUGCAGUUGGCUGCUCUUUCGUCACUAAGUCGCAAUUCUGGCUCCUGAUGCUGCUGCGAGCCAUCGUUGGGGUCGGAGAGGCCAGCUACACCACCCUUGCUCCCACCAUCAUCGGUGACCUCUUUGUUGGGGAUAAACGGAGCAACAUGAUCUGUGCCUUCUACGUCAUUAUGCCAGUUGGAAGUGGUCUUGGAUUCAUGGUAGGUGCGGGGGUUACAUCUCUCACCGGAGACUGGCACUGGGCUUUCAGGAUUAAUCCCAUCUUGGGUUUUGUGGGACUUGUCUUGUUGGCUUUCUUAUGCCCCAACCCACCCAGAGGUGCUGCAGAGACACAUGGAAGGGGAGUCACAGGGAACAGCUCUUACCUGGAGGACAUCAAGUAUCUUCUGAAAAAUAAAAGUUAUGUACACUCAUCAUUUGGAGUGACAUCCACGACGUUUCUUGGCGGAGCCCUGGCUUUCUGGAUGCCCACUUUUCUGUCCAGAGCUCGGGUCAGUCAGGGCCUCCAACCGCCGUGUGUCAAAGGGCACUGCAACCACACAGACAGUUAUAUCUUCGGUGCUAUUACGGUGGUGUCAGGCUUUCUGGGAGGAUGUCUCGGCAGUGCUAUAUCUAAAUGGUUUAGGGACAAGGUCCCAAAGGCGGACCCACUCAUCUGCACAGUUGGCCUGCUAGGAUCGGUUCCCUGCCUCCUCAUCACGAUCUUUGUGGCAUCAGCAAGUAUCCCCGCCACUUAUGUAUUCAUUUUCAUUGGUGAACUGCUGAUAUCACUCAACUGGGCUGUCAUGCCUGAUAUCCUGCUGUAUGUUGUUAUACCGACCAGACGGUCCACAGCUGAGGCCCUCCAGACAACACUCUGUCAUCUCCUGGGUGACGCUGGGAGUCCCUACCUAGUCGGAGUGAUCUCUGAUGCUAUACGCAAAUCCAGAUCUGCAACACACCAAUGGAACUUCCACAGUCUGCAGUACAGCCUUGUCAUCCUCCCAUUUGUUGGGCUCCUGGGUGGACUCUUUUUCUUCUUGGCUUCCUUCCACAUUACAGAAGACAGGAAGGCAGCUGUGCUAUCAGUUGAAGGAGAUCUCCCACCACAGCAGGGUCCUGGAUCUGAGCCCCCGGUGGAACAGAGCAAUGGGGCGAUUGAAUAAAGCUGGACAAAGGCCUCAAUGCAAUUAAUUUAUUAGUAAAUAUUUGAAGUUAAACUGCUGGUGCUGAAAGCAGGAUGUUUAAGGUGUCUUGAAAUAUUGUAUAGGCCAGUAUUACAGCUCUCAAAUUUGCCUCAAAGGGAUGAACAAUCAGUACAACACCCUUUAACCUUAGACCAGGGGUGCCAAACUCAUUUUAGUUCGUGGGCCACAUACAGCCCAAAUUGUUCCCAAGUUGGGAACCAUAAUCUCUCAAUAACACCUCCAAAUUUCUGCUUUCUUUUAGUGUAAAGGAGAACAUCCUAAAAACAUUCAUUAAUUUACAAAACAGAUGGUGAACAGCUGGAGUAAGUGCAAUUUCAACAAUAUGUCUCAGCAUGCAUGUCUUCACAAACUCAACCUUUGAUGCUGAUGCUAUUUUGUGAGCAAUAAGGUAGCUUUCUGUUAUAGCUGUUUGCACACCCAGCACACUAGCUUCCCAUUUACUUCUAUAAAGAAAUAAGAAUGGGUGCAUUUUAUUUUAUAUGCAAUUUUAUUUAUUAUUAAUUAAUGACCCUUCUGGCCCAUGGCUGUACACUGUAAAAUAUUUGAAUGGUCUUUCACAGUAAAUUACUGUGUCAUUUUACAGUAGAAUGUUGUGAAAUGACAGCUAUAUACUGUGAUCUUGCAGCAGUUAUGCCUGCAUUUUACUGUGAUUUGGCAGUAUGCCCCUGUAAAUGACUGGAUUUAACUGUGACUGCACAGUUUAUGUACAUUUGAUUACUGUGAUUUAGCAGUACGCUCUCAUAGAAUUACAGUAUUUCACUGUAACCUCACAGUUAAACUGCAUAUAUUGCUGUGAUUUAGCAGUAAAAUUAUAUUUAACUGCAUGAAUUUCCCAAUAAAACUGAAUUUGGUUAAAAAUCACAGUAAAAGCCUGUGAGGUAAUAAUAACGUAAUUUAUUGUGAAAUAUUACAGUUACAUAUUGUAACGUCCUGGAGUUAAUUUGCAGUGUAUGCUUGACACACCUGCCUUAGACCCUCGAUUCUAGUAAGGACUUUCUUUCUUGAAUUUUGCUGACAACCAUCUACACUCAUGUGGCCAGUUAUGAAUGAUCCUCAAUAUGGGGGAAGGAUCCAUAUUGAGGAUCAUCAGAUUAGCCUCUACAUCUAUGAAUGUUCCAGCUAGCAUGCAGCUGCUGCCUCCUAAUGAGGACCAGAGGGGCAUCAGGCUGGAGCACAACAUAUGCACAUAAUGGUGUUAAAUCUCUUAUUGUAAUAUUUGCUGGAAAUCCAUCUGAGAAUUCCAGUUUUCCCACCCAUCUCCAUGGAUCUACCCUGAAAGUGUCUCAAAACUCUGUAUGUUGUCCAUGCACUGUUGAAAAAUGUAAAUGUGUCUCUAUUUAACAAAAGUAAAUAUAAAGUGUUUUUUUGUUCAGUUUCA